CUAAUCAUUGCAUAGAGUGCGGGGAGGCGGGACUGGUGCUUGCUGCUGCUGCUGCUUGAGGAAGGGUGGAGAGCUGCUGCGGCUGAGGACCAGCAGAUUCUGUUUUGACACUUCAAGAUGAGCCGUUUCCUGAAUGUACUCCGUAGCUGGCUAGUUAUGGUGUCCAUUAUUGCCAUGGGGAACACAGUGCAAAGCUUCAGAGAUCACAGUUUCCUCUCUGAGAAACUAUACACUGGGAAACCGAGCCUCGUAAAUGGCCUCCAGGCUCGGACCUUUGGUAUUUGGACCUUACUCUCCUCUGUAAUUCGCUGCUACUGUGCCAUUGAUAUCCGCAACAAGACCCUCUAUAACAUCACACUUUUUACCUUCUUCCUUGCCCUUGGCCACUUCCUCUCUGAAGUGUUUAUUUAUGGCACAGCAGCUGCUACAAUCGGUGUCUUGGCACCCCUAAUGGUGGCAAGUUUCUCCAUCCUGGGUAUGCUGAUUGGGCUGCAAUAUCUCGAAGUAGAAGCAACAUCGCAGCUCAAGAAACGGAACUGAAGUUAUGGAUCCCAUAUCUGUCGGAUCAGCCUCCCAGCCAUCUUCCAGUGUCUACUACCACAUUGCCUCCUUGACUUUCCCUCCUCAUCCCGUACCCUGCAAGUGGUCAGAUCGUUCUUGGGACUUCAGUCAUCCUUUCUUUAGUUUGAUUUUGAUCUGAACAGGCAGUACUUGACCUGCGACCAGCGGCAGACGUGGAGCCCUGAAGAGCUGUUCUAAACUGGGUGUGGGUUUCCCUGGUGGAGGGUGCCCUCCUGCGCUGCAGGGGGUAGGACUAGAUGACCCUUGGGGGUACCUUCCAACUCUGAUUCUUAAAGCAUCCUCAGUUCUGAUGGUGGGAAGGGAAGAGAGGGCUAUAGAUAUCUUGCCCCCAUCACCUUUGCAGGAGAGGGGAAACAUAGUGCUGCCCAAAAUCCAGUGGAGACUGGUAUUGUGGGAAGAGGCCAGACCAAAGUCAUCAUGGCACAUAGUAGCUGUGUGUUUGUCCAUAAGCAUGGUUUUUCAAUAAACAGGCAAAAAUUGUGCAGAACUGCAGCUUCUUUUUAUCUGGUAGGGAAAAGGAGAGAUAUCAGGUUUUCUGUCUGUCUGCCUGUCAGCCUCACUCCUUAGCAAGAGGUACCAUGACUUUUUGUAUUCAUUUUAGGUUCUGGGGAAUCUGCUUUGGCAAUUUCCCCUUUAACAGGAUAGGCUAUAGUUCUAGAUAACUUCUCCCUAUUCCCCUCACCUGUCCUCUCAUUCCUUCCUAAGGUAGCUGUGUACUUCCUUCAAGUCUCCAUUUGGCACACUAAAUUCAAGCGUAAGCAGGCAACUUCUGUAUCGGUAGUACUGUCCUUGACUGCCUUAUGAGAAGAGCUAGACCAAACCUCAGGCUUGGAAAUGAAGCUUGGCAUAGCAAGCUAGUUUUUUAAAAAAUACUAUUGCAUAGUUUCGGGGUGAUAGAAGUAGGAGCCAUGUAGAACAGGGGACUUGAAGAGACAUGUAGAGACAUGGGAUUCUCACUGCUGAUACAAAAAAAGGCAAGGUCACCUCCUCCUAAAAUGUUGUCUUAUUAACUGGAAUGCCUGCUGCUGAAGUCACAAAGAUGAGGAUACAUACGCCUCUCUUUACUAGAGUACAGCAAGUGGAGAGAGUGCUGUUGUGCCCAAAUCCUGCUUGUGGGUUUCCCACGGGCAACUGGUUGGCCACUGUGAGAACAGGAUGCUGGACUAGAAGGGCCAUUGGCCUGAUCCAGCAGGCUCUUCUUUACGUUCUUAAAGGUUUGUUAUAGGUUAGUGCUGGGCUGGCCCAACCUAGAGACAAACUAGGCAAUGACCCAGAUUGCCAAAAUUCCAGGAGCAUCUGCCUCAGCCUUGGAUUUACAAGUGUAAAUGCUCUUUCACACUUGUGAAAGAGAUUCCCAGAGGCAGCUGAACCCUUCACAGGCUGAGUGAUAUCCCCUGCAUUCUAGGUAUCUUAGGAUGGUGAGAUACUAACCUAUUUAAUUGAAGGGUCAGGCUGCCCGUUUUCAUUUUGGUGCUGAACCAAAUCUUUGUAAGUUAAGUUGUCCUUUCAAUCAGGGUGGUGAAGGAAUGCUAAAGGGUUGAUUUUCCCUUUUUUUAAGUGCAUGCUAACAGGUGAAAUUGGGAUUCUGAUCUUGUUGGUAAUGGUGCUCAGUAUUUAGUCCAGCUGCUCAGUAUUUAGUCCAGCUGAAGUAAUUUGCAAUGCAAAUAAGUAUACUAAGCUACUGAAACUGAAAAUAAAAAUUGGAAAAUAGUAAUGCUGGUCUUAAUCAUUUAAUGUGCUACUCUUAGGUUGUUCAGCAUAUGGUGGAACAAAAGGAGGGCGAGAUUUUAGCUCUCCCAUGGCAGUGCAUCUAACUUACAUACGAAAUAUAGAAUGGGGGUCAUUUCCCUCAGCAUCUUUUGAGGCUCCACAGCUCUUGGAAAGUUGCAUUCCAGGCAGCCCAACUUGGAGCAAAGCUGAAAGUACUGCUAAACAUUCUUUACGUUCUUAAGGUUUGUUAUAGGUUAGUGUGGGGCUGGCCCAACCUAGAGACAAACUAGGCAAUGACCCAGAGUGCCAAAAUUCCAGGAGCAUCUGCCUCAGCUAUGUAAAUGCCUUGGUUUACAAGUGUAAAUGCUCUUUCACACUGGUGAAAGAGAUUCCCAGAGGCAGCUGAACCCUUCACAGGCUGAGUGAUAUCCCCUGCAUUGAUACUCGACCAAACUGUAAGCAUACGCAACAUUGCACUGUAUGUUUCAUUGCACAGAAAAGGGACUAACUAAAAAAAACAAACCUGGAAGGUGCAUCAGGUAUACAUAGUGCUCCAAAAGCUCAUAGGUGAACAUCUGAGAAUGUCUGUGAGCCAAUCAUGCAACAACAGCAGCAACAAAAAAAAAAAGCCAGAACAAA